CGACUGCCCGAACGCUCGCCGAUGACCCUUCCAAUGUUUUGCCUGCGAACAAGCAGUUCCUACUCAGCGACGAGCCGAACGCUAUCAUAGCCAAUGGCGGAUAUUUCUGCAUUACCAGAUACGGCGCCUAAGAAGCAGCGUAGACGUCCUGUGAAUGCUUGUGCAACUUGUCGAGCCAGAAAGGUCAAGUGCGAUGAGCGACCGGAUGGGUGCCUCAACUGCGAACGGUUGCAGUUGAACUGUGUACAAAGUGGUGCACUCGGCACAGGCGUCAAGAGAUCGAGCGCAGUCCUGGAGCCGCUUGGGAUCAAGCGCAAACGUACUUUUCGCUCUUGUGUGUCUUGUCGAGACUCGAAAGUCAAAUGCUCGGGCGAGAGGCCGAACUGUGCGCGCUGUGUGCAACGAUUGACUACCUGCGUUUUCGAUGCAGAGACCAAUGAACCUGCAUGGGUGCAGAGCAUCGUGUCUACUACUUCGAGCGCUGUGCCUAGUCCAGAGACGAGUUUAUCGACGCAGACCCAGCAAAUACCGAGGAAUGCUUUUUCUUCAACACCAACGGACCUGGCAAGCGUCAAUUGCCCGCCCGGGCUGACCUGGCUGUUCGCACAAGAACUACCUCCUAGAGCACGACUGCACACCCUCCUCGAAGCCUACUUCAACAAUGUUCAGCCAAUUCGAGUCUUUGCUUUUGAGCACAAGCCGACCUUCAUGCGGAUGCUUGAUGAAGGCCAGCUUACCGAUACUUCAGGCCAAGCCCUACUACACAUCAUGUGUGCGCUUGGUGCAAGAUUCUAUGCUUUGGAAUACAGCGAGUCUUUUGCGCCAUUGUCGAAAGAGCUAAUACAAAACGCUGGCACGCAAUGGGCCAAAAUCGCGGAAGAGAUGUUUUUCGCUGAUUACAGUACCAUCUCCACAACAAAGCUGAAGGUCCUCAUACUUCUUCACGACCAAGAAGCUAGAACUGGCAACUAUGCCGGAUCGUUUUUACUUACUGGUUUGGUAAUACGUAUGGCACAUGCGCUGCAGCUGAACAACGAGGCCUCCACAGAUAUCUUAUGCAAGAAAGAAGGUCCAAAUGAAGCCUCGGUGAAAGAAUGUCAAAGGAGGCUUAUGUGGGCCUGCUACAUGCUGGACGUCUGGGCAGGCAGUGGAGUCGACCAUUUGACCAUUUUGAACGAGAAGGACAUCAAAAUACAGCUACCCUGUAACGAGCGACAGUUUUUAUUACAGAUACCCGUGGUAACCGAAAGACUCGAGGAAGGCCAAACCCUGGAUUUCAUUUCGAAAUCCGAUCUGCCUGAGAAACCAAGGGACAACCUUGGUAUGGCAGCAUACUACGUUCGUAUCGUCAGCAUAUGGCGACGGGUCCUGAGAUUUUCCAAACACAUGAACGAAGAGCUACCUCCGUGGGAACCCGGCUCAGAGUUCUCACAACUAAUUGAGGAGGUCCAGUCCUGGAAAGCAAGUCUACCAUCUUGGCUAGACUUUUCUGCCGACAACAUCUACAUUCGACGCGAGUCGCAUCAGCUAGGGGCUCUUUUCCUCAACCACUGCAUGUAUCACCAUGUUUUGUGCGACAUACAUCGGAUUGCCCUACCAGAUCUUUACCGGAACCAGCAACCAUACGAAUUUCCGCCCGAACAGCAAGCUUUUAUGUCGAGAUUACAGAUGAUAUGUUUUGAGCAUGCUCAACUCAUGUCAGUGUUGGUGGCAACUGUACUGCAGCAUGGUAUCAAGCACUUCGCAGACCCGAUUCUGCCUUCCUUCGUGUACAACAGCAAUCGUAUCAUGCUUUACCAUAUCGCCCGAAUUCUGGACCACUCGAAGCCGGACUCAAGAACCGUUAUUUCUCGCACAGUGGAAUUAGUGCAACAAAACAACAAGGCGUUGCGAGAGAUGUCUUUGAUGUACCCUUUGGCGGAGCCCCUGUACAUCACCACGGAACGUUGGCUAGAGACGGUGCGUUCCGGUCUCGCACGGGGCCAAGCGAGUACAUACAUCGCGCCACAGGAACCAUCAGAAGUCCGUACCGAAGUACAGCAAGCUAUCGAAGCUUCCGAUCCCAACUUGAACGACAUUCAAUCGGCGCAAAGAAACGCACAAAUUAGCAUUUUGCCACCCAUACCUAGUGUUAGCGGCCAAUCUCCGUCAACAGCGAGUGAAUAUGCUUAUCCGACGCCAACGAACGAUCCAACAACAUCGAGCCUUGCAACACUCGCGGACUUGGCAACACAACCAGGGCAGCUUGGGCUUGCACUGAACCAUGAUGCUUCAGGCGGUGACGUUGAGCAGCCUGUUUUUGAUCUAGAUGACUUGCAGAACUUCUUCGAGUGGGAGACAAACAAUCGAGAAUAUGCCCAGCUCACUGGCUUUGAAGGCUUUGGCCCGCUGGGCUGGGCCAACAACUUCUCCGCCAUGUAGUCAUUGGUAUCGAACGGACUCCGCAUGCAGCGAAGCCUACAGUACACAAGAUCCAGAGGAAACUACUGUAUCAACACAGACUGUCGUCUUGAGUCCAAUGACUCAACUCUGGAGAGCAUUAAGCGCUAAAGGCUCCUGGACGUUCAAUCUGGGCCUGCACAAUGUGUGUUUUGGCAAACGAUUCCUUGCCGUCUCUUAUUGACACACGGGCACCUUUCUAUGAGCUCUCAUACUACCUUACUCGUUCAAAGAGCACAACAGCGCAUGAUGGCUCUUCAAGAGUUUAUGACGUUUGAUUCAUG